AUGCAGAUCAAGAACGUCGUGUUCGCUGCUUCUCUUGCUGCCACUGCCACUGCUCUCCCCAGCACCCAGUCUGGCACUUUCGGUGUUGUCGCCAUUCACUCUGGCUCUCUUGUGCAGUAUUCCGCCUUCAAUGCCGCUAAGAGCAGUAUCUUUGCUGGUCUUCCGUCUCAGAAUGCCAGCUGUGCCAAUGCCGGCGAAAAAGAUGCUACCUUCUACUUGAACGACGGAGCUCUGUAUCUCUAUGAUCAGUCCGCUACUCCCCAGGAGAUCUACGUGGAUCGCUCUGGAAUGGGCCAGGGUAAGAUCGGAUAUACCACUGGCGCUCAGCCUGCACCCAAAAACUCUGAGCGCAGAGGCUGGGCAACCAAGAAUGGUCACCUCCAAUUUGCUGGUAAUGACCUCAUCGCUUGCCCUAAUAGUAUUGAUGGUGCUUGGUCUAUCUGGGUUUCGGCUGGCGUCGCCAAUCCCGCCGGCAACUCCGACUGUGUUGGCAUCGCGGCUCGCGUGGAGUCGACUUCCUCCAAGGGCUGCGUCUACACCCAGUAG